AUGGCUGCGCUUCCAGAAGCAAGAUUACAAGCUUUCGUCCGACCUUUCACCCACAUUGGCUUGGACUACUUUGGGCCACUGAACGUGCGCGUAGGAAGAAGUGUGGUGAAAAGAUGGGUGGCACUCUUUACAUGCUUAACGAUUCGUGCUGUCCAUCUUGAGAUUGUUCAUUCCUUGUCGACCGAAUCUUGCAAAAUGGCUAUACGGCGAUUCAUUGUUUGCCAUGGCUCGCCGCUAGAAAUAUAUAGUGACAACGGAACAAAUUUUGUAGGAGCAAGCAAUGAACUUAAAAACGCAGUCGAUUCGAAACAGCUAGCAGAAUGCUUCACAAACGCUUAUACAAAAUGGAUCUUCAACCCACCGGCAGCACCACAUAUGGGCGGCGCCUGGGAGCGCUUGGUGCGCUCCGUAAAAGUGGCGAUGGCAGCGAUGCAGACGUUGCGGAAUCCGGAUGAUGAAACCCUAGCGACGAUAGUUAGGGAAGCUCAGGGUGUGGUAAAUUCACGUCCUCUUACCUUUAUCCCAAUUGAAAGUGAAUCUCAAGAGGCCUUAACCCCUAACCACUUCAUUUUACUAAGUUCCAACGGAGUAACUCAAAACCCAAAACCGUUGGCCGACGACAGCAUGGCGCAUCGCAAUAAUUGGAAUCAGCUCAACACGAUGGUAGACCAGUUUUGGAGGAGAUGGGUCCGAGAAUAUCUUCCGACUAUUGCUCGUCGAACAAAAUGGUUUAUCGAUGUAGCGCCCAUUGAACAAGGAGACCUGGUGAUUGUUAUUAGCGAAGCGGAAAGGAACUGUUGGCUGCGUGGACGUGUAUUGGAAGUCAUCGAAGCGAAGGACGGUAGGCGGCGACAAGCGAUUAUACAGACGACCCAUGGUGUUUUAAAAAGACCAGUAGCUAAGUUGGCGCGUUUAGACAUGGAAUGUGGUAAGCCAAGAUCGUCGAGUGCAUCCACCGACCUUUCUUACGGGCGGGGGGAUGUUACGGCAACUACGCCCGGUCUUCCAACCCCACCAAUGGGCAGAAACUGA